CCCCAUAAUCCCUCCGUCCCAACCCUCUCCAGCUUCCACCAUGCUCCUCGCCAGCCUCCGCCACACAACCCGCCUCUUCUCCGCCUCCUCCCUCUCGCUCACCACCGCAACCCGCCGCACCAUGUCCGACUCCUCGCAACACCACCUCCCCACCUAUCUAGUCACCCCGGCCCAGCUCCAUGCCGCCCUGCAGAAGAACAUCCACUCGCGGCUCUCCACCGCGCCCCGCAUCAUCCCGCUCUGCGCCACCUGGUUCCUGCCCAACGACGGCCGCACCGGCAUCGACACCUUCAGCGCAGGCCGCAUACCGCACGCCCGCUUCUUCGACCUCGACGCCGUCAAAGACCCGGCCUCGCCGUACCCGCACAUGCUGCCCUCGGCGCCCGACUUCGCCGCCGCCAUGGGCAAGCUCGGCAUCCGCAAGGACGACAGCGUCGUCGUGUAUGACAGCAAAGAGCUGGGCAUCUUCAGCGCGCCGAGGGUCGGCUGGACGCUGAAGGUAUUUGGGCACCCGAAUGUGCAUGUGCUGAAUAACUUCAAGCUGUGGUGCGAGGAGGGCUUGCCGCUGGAGAGCGGGAAGCCGGCGGAGGUGGAGAGCGUAGAGUACCCCGUCUCCGAGCUGGAUGCCGCGAAGGUGGUUGCGUUUGAGGAGGUCAAGGAGAUCGCCCAGGAGCAGGGGAAGGAGGGCGCCGAGAAGGUGCAGAUACUGGAUGCGCGGAGUUUGGGGCGGUGGAAAGGGGUGGAUCCCGAGCCAAGGGCCGGACUAUCCUCAGGCAACAUCCCCUACUCCGUCUCUGUUCCCGUCUCCGACCUGCUCGACCCCAAGACUAAAGCACUCCUCCCCGCCUCCGACCUCCAGUCCCUCUUCAAAUCCAAAGGCAUUGACCCCGCGAAGCCCAUAAUCAGCUCCUGCGGCACUGGCGUCACAGCUGCCGUCAUCGACGCCGCGCUCGUUGAGGCCGGGUUCCCAGAGGAAGGGAGGCGGCUAUACGAUGGGAGCUGGACGGAGUGGGCUCAGCGGGUUCAGCCAUCCGAGAACCUGAUCCGGAAGACUGAGGAGUAGAGACAGGAGAUGAGAUGAGACGGAAUGAACUGAUGCGAUACCCUUUAACUCAGAGCAGACUAGCGAGUGUACAUACUAUGGAUUGAGACUGUCUGAGGUAGCUCACGGAGGUAGCCUGAUGAUCAAAAGCAUGAAAUUUUCAACCCAGAUUCGGGCGCUGUGAGACUAUGCAUCGGAAAGAGCUCCAGAAUCUGCUCUGCUCUGCUCAUGAACGAUUUUGACAGCUUUGCAUGCCACUGUCUGAGGUGGCUUGACGAGGUUAACUUGAUGAUCAAAAAGACGUUCUUACCCGCCCAAAAUGGGACGUCGUAAUACAAUGCAAUGUACAGAGCUCCUGAAUUUGCUCGGCCGAUGAGUUGAUUUGGACAGCUUGCAUGCCACUGUCUGAAGUGGGCUCAGGAUGGUAGCCUAACGAUCAAAC